AUGAACGAUCGCAAUGGGCCUUUGUCACCAGUUUCAAUAGGAAGCAACAACGAAUGGUCUGAAAAAUAUCAAGACGAUAACGACUCGCCCUACCAGACGAAUCGCGGACAGCUUGCUUCACCGCCAAUAUCGAGCGGCUCAAACGGUACAAUGAAUGAGAAGGAUUUCCCACCCAGAGGUUCUUCAGGUGGCAGUCCCGGCAAUCCAUCUCCUCCAAGCUCCAUCGGUCGUUCCAGUAUUGGCACAGGUUUAUAUGCAGGGAGCGAAAGUGGACAGGAUAAGAAAGAUGAACAAUUCGAGGCCGUGCUAUCAGAACACUACGUUUCGUUGAAACGAUACCUGGCAGCGUCACUAAGAGAUGAGAAAGGGAACCCUAGGCCCAAUAGAGCGCGAGAUAAGCUGUUACGACUAUCUCCCGUUCAGUUCCAAGAACUUAGUACUGAUGUCUUUGACGAACUCCUACGAAGGCAGCAAGCCGGGCGAAGACCGCCAAACGGGCAAAGAAACGACCAAGGGCCCCCGCCGUACUUGUUACCGAAAAACACAUUCCAUCCGAAACGAAAUCAAGCCCGCCAGAAACUGUCUACAUUACCACCGCCCAGGUUCAGAGAUCUAGCUACAGAUGUGUUUUACGAAUUGGAACGAAGAUUUCCCCAGUUUACUACAGGUGAUAGAAGUCGUAUAGGCAGUCCCGUAUCUACAAGAGGACCCCCAAGUAGGAAUGGAAAUGGCACACCCGUAGAUAUGCCACCGAGAGGCCCAAGCCGUAUACGCCGACCCUCGGACGCCAGCUCUGUAGGGCCAUACUCAAUGAGAAGUGAUCGGAGAAGUGAGGGGAGAAGUGAAUCACGCAAUGGACAAAGGAUGGCGCCGCCCAAUGGCGCAAAUGGCCCCAAUGGUAGUCUGGUUAUACCGCCUUCACCUGGAAUGCCUCCUAAUGAUUACGGCAGACCGACACCCAAAACUUUUCAAAGCAACACGAUUGUACCUAAUAAAAGUACUAUGGUUGAAGAUGACGAGAGUGGUCCCGAAGAUAAUGACGAUGAUGAUGGGGAUGCCUUUGGAUUAGAAGGAGCUGCGAGGGAUCGAGAAAGCAAAAAGAACACGAGAAAUUCCGACGCCGAUCAAAAACUCAUCGACGAUUACCAAUCUCAAGUCGCAGAGCUUCGAGAACGGCUCGAUUCUAUGGAGGACGACUUGAAACGAAAGGACAACGAACUCAAUAUUGUUAUGGACCAGCAAAGGGGAAGGGAUGCAUCGGCAGAUGUGGACAAAAAGGAAUGGGAAGACCUUAGAGUGGAUCUCGAAAACAAGCUUGCGGAUGCGCAAAAUCUCAAUGAUACUUUACAAUCAGAGCUCGACCGUGUACGAGAAUCGCAAGGUAAUUCGGAUCGAGAGCUGAGGUCUCAGAUCCAGGAGCUUCAAGUUGCAGUAGAAUUUGGCAAAGGUAUGGGGCCCGGCGAUACAGAGCUGGAACGGGAAAACGAAGAGCUCAAAGCCGAGCUCAGAGAGCAGCAAGAGAUCACCGAGGAUGUUCGAAAUGAAGCCCAGGAAUUCCUUCGUGAAAUGAGGAUGUUGUCUGAACGAAGUAAUGUAUCUUAUGACCGCGAGGAGCAACUCGAAAUUAUGGUUAGCAAGUUAGAAGGUGAAGUCAACGAUUGGAGAAACCGAUAUGCGAAAACGAAGACACAGCUGCGCAGCUUAAGAACAUCUUCGAUUGGCCUAUCGAUACAAGACGCAGCCAAGUAUGCAAAUGAUAGUGGAUUUACGGCAGAGAACGGUCUUGUCAAGGAUGUUCAUAUCACUAAGUUCCAACUUUCGAUUGACGAACUUUUGCAAACGGCACGCUCCAGCGACCCUGAAAGGGUUAUCGAAUCCAUGAAGCAUGUAGUUGUCAAUGUCCGACUAAUUUCUCAGGAUAUUGAUGAAGCACCGCAAACCAAUGAAGAAUCAGCCCAAAAGCAGGCGAAGCUCAAGUCUAGGCUCUCUGCAACAGCAAAUAAUCUGAUCACCGCUUCCAAGAAUUUCGCUGGAGCGAAAGGGCUUUCACCUGUUUCUUUGCUCGACGCAGCCGCAUCUCAUCUUACCACAGCAGUAGUCGAACUUGUUCGGACGGUGAAGAUCAAACCCACGCCCGCAGGAGAGUUGCAAGAUAACGAUGGUGGUGAUAUAGCUCCAGUCGAAACAAUACCUGAGCCAUUGACAACCCAGCCCUCUGCAGUAGGAGGAAUCUUCGGGUCCAAGCCUGCAACGACUGAACUUAAGCCUGCAACAACUAAACCUUCUGCUGGAGGCAUCUUUGGUUUCUUUUCGUCACGUGAGGCAAAGCAAGAGAACGUUCCACCACAACAAGAGGUCGUUCAACCGCAACGAGAUGAUACUAAGCAGAGCAUCGACUUGCCGCGACAAAGUCUAAAUGGUUAUGAGAGACAGAGCGAGGAUUCGCAGAGGCAGAGCUUGGAUGACUACGUUCCUGGCCCAUUCCUUGGUCUACGGACUGAUCGUGCCAGCACCGAUUCAUCCAUGUAUAGUCCAAUCAACUCUCCUCGCGAAUCUGUUAUUCGUCCGAAGAGUUUCGGCAAAAACUCCCUGAGUGCAGCUCCACCUAGUCUUAGAAGUAACCCUUUGAGUCUAAAGACCAAUGGCGAUAAUACUGUCGAUGGAAGUGCUAAACCACUUCCACUAACAUUACAAGCGCCCCGAGGCCCUGCGAGCGGUCCUCCAAGUCCUGCUCCGGCUCCAAUGAGUGUAGGUUUCGGUCUCCGAUCGCAAGAUAGUGAUAUCGAAGAUCUCAAGAUAUAUCUUGAAGAUCAAACUGCACUCUUGGUUCAGAAUAUACAAUCUCUAGUCUCAUCUAUUCGUUCAGAGGGUGGUAUCAAUGCUAUCUCUACCCAAAUCGACGCAAUUGCCAGCGUUGUCGGUGAAGUUGUCGCCUCCACUGAGGAAGCCAUGAUAAAUAACCCAGCUCUCCGUUCACAAAGUCAACCAGUCUUGACGAAACUCUCUGGGUGCAGAGAACGGAUCAUGGCUGCAGGCGAAGAAGGUAGAGAAAUCGCAGAGGAAGGGGAAGAAGAUGACGAAAGUGAUGCAGAUUGGAGAGCUUGGAACCAAAGCUUACCGCCUAUCGCAUUUGAAAUUGCCCGAGAAACCAAAGAGUUGGUUCUCAGAGUCGAUGUUCUUGAUGGAGAAGGUGGCGGAAAUGAUGACUUCUCAUGA